AUGGCUAACUUACAGAGGAAAAGAAGCAAGGCUCUUGGGUCAUCUCUAGAGAUGUCCCAGAUAAUGGAUGCAGGAACAAACAAAAUCAAAAGAAGAAUAAGAGAUUUAGAAAGAUUAUUAAAAAAGAAGAAAGAUAUAUUGCCCUCCACAGUAAUAAUAGAAAAGGAAAGAAAUUUGCAAGCUUUACGUUUGGAAUUGCAGAAUAACGAACUUAAGAGUAAAAUUAAGGCCAAUGCUAAAAAAUACCAUAUGGUAAGAUUCUUCGAAAAGAAAAAAGCAUUGAGAAAAUACAACAGAUUAUUGAAAAAAAUAAAAGAAUCUGGCGCAGAUGAUAAAGAGUUACAAGAAAAAUUGAGAGCCACUAAGAUUGAGUUAUGUUACGUAAUAAAUUUUCCGAAAACUGAGAAGUAUAUCGCACUAUAUCCGAAUGAUACACCAUCCACAGACCCGAAGGGCGUAGAAUUGACGAAUCUUAGAAGAGAACAAUUUCUUAAGUUAGUGGCUGAAAGAAUGGAUGCAAACGCGUUAAACGUAUCUUUUGAAGAGAUUUUAAUGGGUAAGAAAUUGGAUGAAGAUUCCGUUGGAUUAACAUUAUCACCUAAUGAAGACCAUAAGGAUGGAUCACAGGCAUCAUCCACACAAGAGAUAAAAGAAAUGGAAGAAGUCGUGGAAGAUGAAAAGGACGACUUUUUUGAGUAG